UGCCCCGUCUGCCGGGCCAUGGUGGCGCUGAAGGGUAUCCCCGCACUGCUGUCCCCCGAGCUGCUCUACGCGCUGGCGCGGAUGGGGCACGGGGACGAGAUCGUUCUUGCGGACUUGAACUUCCCGGCCUCCUCCAUCUGCCAGUGUGGGCCCAUGGAGAUCCGUGCAGACGGCCUGGGCAUCCCGCAGCUCCUGGAGGCCGUGCUGAAGCUGCUGCCCCUGGACACCUAUGUGGAGAAUCCGGCUGCAGUCAUGGAGCCGGUGCCCAGCGACAAGGAGAGGGGCCUGCAGACCCCGGUGUGGACGGAGUACGAGUCCAUCCUACGCGGGGCCGGCUGCACGAGAGCCCUGGCAAAGAUAGAGAGGUUUGAGUUUUAUGAGCGGGCUAAGAAGGCUUUUGCUGUUGUGGCAACGGGGGAGACGGCCCUCUACGGAAACCUCAUCCUCAAGAAGGGGGUGCUUGCCCUCAACCCCCUGCUGUAGGCCUGGUGAAGACCACCUGGGCCAGAAGAGGAAUUGGGGGCACCCUGAGCUCCAGUACCACCACUCACAACAGGCCUCCCAGUGACAACUCCCAGACCUGGGCCCUGGCCAGGGCUCUACGGGGCCGGCAGUCUUGGGGUGGGCCCUGGCCAGGGCUCUAGGGGGCCGGCAGUCUUGGGGUGGGCCCUACCAAUUGGGAUAAGUGUCCCUGAUUUGUGAAAAUGAUGGAAAAACGUAGUCG